GUCUCCAUACCUUGUUGUCAUCUCUCCUAGUCUUUUAGGGUGUUGUCUCUGAUUAGAUUGAAAACAUUCAUCUUGCGACCUACCACAAAUAUCCUCAGCUUUACUCUCACCGAACCUACAUCCCACUAUGGUCCUUCAGGAUCUCGGGCGGCGAAUCAAUGCCGCCGUCAACGACCUUACUCGGUCCAAUAACCUGGACGAGAAGGCCUUUGAUGACAUGAUCAAAGAGAUCUGUGCAGCCUUGCUGUCCGCCGACGUCAACGUCCGCCUCGUUCAGUCGCUCCGGAAAUCCAUCAAAGCCAGCGUCAACUUCGCCUCCCUGCCCCCCGCAGUGAAUAAGAAGCGCCUGAUCCAGAAAGCCGUCUUUGAUGAGCUGGUGACCCUUGUUGACCCGCACGCCGAGCCCUUCCGUCCCAAGAAAGGUCGCUCCAAUGUGAUCAUGUUCGUCGGUCUGCAGGGUGCUGGUAAAACGACCACCUGUACCAAGUUGGCCCGCCACUAUCAGAUGCGCGGUUUCAAGACUGCCCUAGUCUGUGCUGAUACCUUUCGUGCGGGUGCUUUUGACCAGCUGAAGCAAAACGCCACCAAGGCCAAGAUCCCCUACUACGGUAGUUUGACGCAAACCGACCCCGCCGUCGUGGCCGCAGAGGGUGUCGCCAAAUUCAAGAAGGAGCGCUUUGAAAUCAUCAUUGUCGAUACCAGUGGUCGUCACAAGCAGGAGGAGGAAUUGUUUACUGAAAUGACUCAGAUUCAAACCGCCGUGACCCCGGAUCAAACCAUUCUCGUGCUCGACAGCACCAUCGGCCAAGCGGCCGAGGCCCAGUCGUCCGCCUUCAAGGCCACCGCCGAUUUCGGUGCCAUCAUCAUCACAAAGACCGACGGCCACGCGGCUGGUGGUGGUGCUAUCUCUGCUGUUGCCGCCACCCACACUCCCAUCAUCUACCUUGGUACGGGUGAACACUUGAUGGAUCUGGAACGGUUCGAGCCCAAGGCCUUUAUCCAGAAGUUGCUGGGCAUGGGUGAUAUGGCCGGCCUGGUCGAGCACGUCCAGGCCGUCACCAAGGACUCCGCCUCGGCCAAGGAGACCUACAAGCAUAUCGCGGAGGGUAUCUACACGCUGCGCGAUUUCCGCGAAAACAUCACCUCGAUCAUGAAGAUGGGCCCUCUAUCCAAGCUUUCGGGCAUGAUCCCGGGUCUGUCCAACCUGACGGCGGGUCUGGAUGACGAGGACGGCUCGCUGAAGCUGCGCCGCAUGAUCUACAUCUUCGACAGUAUGACGGCUGCCGAGCUGGACGGCGACCCGAAGGUCUUCGUCGAACAGCCCAGCCGCAUGGUUCGCGUUGCGUGCGGCAGUGGCACCACCGUCCGGGAGGUGGAGGAUCUCCUCUCCCAGCACCGUAUGAUGGCCGGCAUGGCCAAGCGCGUCGGCGGGCAGAAGAAGCAGAUGCAGCGCGCCCAGAACAUGCUCAAGGGAGGAAACAAGGAACAGCAGCUGGCUGCGAUGCAGAAACGCAUGGCCGCCAUGGGCGGUGCCGGUGGCGGCGGGUUCCCCGGUAUGCCCGGCAUGGGCGACAUGGCCAAGAUGAUGCAGAUGUUGCAGGGCCAGGGCGGCGGCGGCGGCGGUGGCCUUCCAGGCCUUGGUGGUAUGGACUUGCAGAGCAUGAUGAGCCAAAUGGGCGGGCUGAUGGGUGGAAUGGGCGGCGGUGGUGGCGGCCGAGGCCGGGGCCGGUGAUCCUGCUGCUGCAGUCGUCCCUCCAUCCAUCCGUUGACCUGUGCAUGCUUGGAUUCUUCUUCUUCUUUGUCAUCCUCUCUGUCCCUCUCUCCCCUAUCCCUCUGUUCUCUUCUUCGCCGCACCCUUCUUGUUCAUAUCAUAUCUGAUUCUUCCACUGAUUCUUCCCUCUCAUGACUCCGGUUUCCCAUACCGGCUUUCACGGCUCACUGCUGAUGUCGAUGUCGAUUGUAUUAGCAUACUAUGGUGUUGGGCGUGUCCUUUUGUUUUCUCUUCUGAUGUGCUUCUGCCGGAAUCGGUGAAUCAUUCCAUCCCAUCCAUACCGAAAUAAUAUGAUGAUAGAUGAGG